CCUGAGUGUGGGGAUAUGGACAGUUUGUGUCGCGUAGUCCUGGCCGUGCUAAGUCUGUGGCCCAACCGAGCUGGGGCCUCAGCACCCCCGCUGCCGCCUGGGUCUCCUCGGGGCGCCCCUGUUCCGGGCCCAGGGGAGUCCCGAACUGAGCUGGACAGCGCCGUGCUCCUCACCCGGGGGCUGCUGCGAGACACCCGGCAGCUAGCUGCUCAGCUGAAAGCCAAGUUCCCAGCAGAGGGCGAUCACAGCUUGGAUUCCUUGCCAACCCCUGGGAUGAGCUUUGGGGCAAUGGGGGCCCUGCAGCUCCCCAGUGUGCUGACCCGCCUACGGACUGACCUCCUCUGCUACCUCUGGCAUGUACAUUGGCUCCGUCGAGCAGGGGGCCCAGCCCUUCGGAGCCUGGACUCAGAGCUGGGGGCUUUGCAAGUGCGGCUGGACCGACUGCUUAAGAGACUGCAGAUCUUGAUGGCACGUUUCUCCCUGCCUAAGCCUCCCCCGGAGGCCCCCGCUCCACCUCUGGCCCCACCAGGAUCAGCCUGGGGAGGGAUCCAGGCAGCCCACGCUGUGCUGGGGGGGUUACACCUCACCCUGGACUGGGCUGUGAGGGGCUUGCUGCUGCUGAAGGCUCGGCUCUGACCUCCCCCGAGGGGAGAGAAGUUUGGGCCCUGGUGAAGGGGCCUGGGCCUCCCUUAAUACCCUUCUUUAUUUAUUUAUUUAUUGGGGGCUCAGAGAGUGGGGUCCCAAGGGAGCCUGAGGCUCUCAAGAGCUGGGCCUGUAUGCUCUGGGCCCCCUCAGAGCAGUCCCCUCUUCCCUUUAUGCCCCUUCCACAUCCCAACUCUACAGGACCUUGGACAGCAAUGCCCUCUAUUUAUAGCUAUUUAUUGGGGGGCUGCUUGGGUCCUUGAGGCAGGAAGAGACAGGCGCCCUCAGCAGGUUCCUGGGUGGGGGGCAGCUCCCACGUCCUGAUGGCUGAGGAGGGGCAGCCUCCCCUCUCUGGUCUCCUGUUCCUCGCCCACCUCUAAGUUAUUUAAAUUAUCACUUUUCUUUGGGCCCAUGAACUGGCUUCUCCAACCAGCCCUGGCCCUAACUUUGGUACUUAUUUAUUGUAGCUAUUUCUCCUUGUGUUUUGUACAAAAGAAAUGUAAGAGAUAAAGUCGGAUCAAUAAAAACUGGCAUUCUCUCCA